GGCCCACGUCACACCUGUCAGUCCACCAGCUGGAGCUUCCGUUCUUAAAAACAACAAAGCUGUCCGGAUCUGUCCACUACAAUCAACGACAGGAAUACUCGACGUUAUACUUUUUUCCUACAGUGACUGAGAUAACCACCAAGACUACAUCAGCGCCGCCAAAAUGACGCUCUACUACACCUUGGUCUUUAUGCUACUAGUAGCAGAGAUGGCCUUGUUCAUGCUCUUGGUCGUCCCACUGCCAUUUACGAUGCGCAGGAAGCUCUUUACCUUCAUUUCCGAGAAUCCGAUUGUCGCAAAAGUACAAUACUGGCUCAAGAUCACCUUUGUCUUCAUCCUCAUCCUGUUCAUCGACAGCGUAAAUCGUGUUUACCGCGUCCAGGUCGAACUUGCCGCCGCAACUGAGGGUAACAAUGGACAGAGCGCAACUGCCAUAAUGGGACACGAGCGUCUCGAAGUCCAGGCCCGCAAGUUUUACUCGCAGCGCAACAUGUACCUCUGCGGCUUCACACUCUUCUUGUCCCUCAUCCUCAACCGCACCUACAUCAUGAUCCUCGAGACGCUCCGCCUGGAGGAGAAGAUCAAGCUGUACGAGGGCUCCGAGAAGAACACCAAGCAAGCCGAGAAGCUCGCACAGGCUGGUGAUGCUGGUGAGAUUGCGCGGUUGAAGAGGGAGAUCAAGCUUCGUGAUCAAGACAUUGCUACCCUCAAGAAGCAGUCCGAGGGUUUGCACAGGGAGUAUGACGAGUUGGCUGAGAGAUAUGGUGCCACGCAGGAGAAUGGCAAGCUUUCCAAGAAGGACAAAUAGGAUCUGAACCUUUGGGAGGGGGUGGAGAACCUUGACUCUGGUGCCGCUUCUGGUGUUGGGAAGGCAUCGGGAUCGUCGGGGUUGUUUAAGGAGGAUGAGAGUGAAACGGAGGUGCGGUUGCGGAGGGCAGGGUCGGAAAAUAUUUGGUCUCCUUAGAGAUAGGGAGAUUGUGUAAGAGAAGGAAUGGAUGAUGUGACUGAAAAGUGUGUAUGGUUUUGAGGGAGUUGGGCUAGGGGCUUUUUCUUACCUACGUGUAUUCAUUAAUGGC